AGGUCCUUAGUGGUCCUUAGUGGUUUAUUGCAGGACCGCCCGAUCACCGGCGAUUAAAAAUAAUUCGUUUAAUCUUAUUUUUGUAACUGCUUAGGACUGCGGCGGACGAGUAAAAGUCAAAAGGUGAAGAUGUUAACUAAAACCUGUUUGACUCGACUAUGCAUGGUAGGUCGGUGUUUGCAGCAACAGGCCUGUCGCAAUGUUUGUGCAUCAGUAGUCCUAACACAAAAAGCAGAUGAUCCAGUACAACAGCUAUUUGUGGAGAAAAUCAGGGAAUAUGCACAAAAGAAGAAGUCAGCAGGUGGAAAACUGGUAGAUGCCACUCCAGAGACCAUGAAAGAGUUCCAAUUUGAAAUAGAUCGCUUACAAAAUCAGUACAAAGCUGCAGGCCAAGAUAUGACCAAAUUUCCGUCUUUCAACUUUGUUGAUAAAGAAUUGGAAACAGCUCCAACGCAGGAAGAUAGAGAUCCUAAAGACCUACCAUUGUAGAAUAUGUGUAUCUAUAGGAAAAUUAUUGUGGUUUGGACUUGUUAACAUAAAAGCAAACGUUUAUACAUUUAUUGUAUAUAAAUGUGUUUAUAGAAAAAAGUAAACUUUGAAUCAGUGAUAUUAGAUUCAAAAAUAUGUUUUUAGUGCAUUGGUAUUUUGAAACAAAGUUUGCUUUUGUUUCCAAAUGAAAUACAUUUAAGGAAUAGUA